AAAAAAAAAAAAAAAAAAAAAGAAUGAAUCAAUACAUAAUUACCAUACUCACAAUGAUCAAUGAAACUAUCUGCUUUGAUGAUUUCUUCCUUCUGGACCAGCUUCCUUGUGAUAAUCCUGUUGGCUCUAAGCAAGAAGAAUUUCGAACGGUGUUAGAUCCCGAAACGUUUCAAGUGCAUACCCUUCUUGGGACAGAAUCAGUGGAGGUGCAUCCUCUUUUUGAAGAAGUUGAACAAACAGCGACAUUCAAAGGACCUGAAGAAAAGACAGAAGAUAGUGAAAUUAAUGGGUGCGCCACUGUCAGUAACAAGAAUGUGUAUGAUAACCCUUUUUACCAACCAAAGCCAUUCAAGUGCAAUCCUGAAGAUAGAAAAGAGUUGUUGUCGAUAAUGAUUCCUUCGUAUUUGUACCAACUAUCACUACUGAAGGAACAACAGCAAAAAUUAGCAAAGGAAGAAAAGGAACAUCUUUUUCCACUUGUGACCAACCUACUACAUGACAAUCUUGAUGAACCGGUGGGACAACUUGCGUCUAAAGUAUUCCAGCAUUUGUCAGAAAAAUCAGAAGAGCAGAUCCGGGGAUAGCCAACUAGAUGGGGACCAUCUUUUUCGGGGGUGUAUGAUGUUAAGAAACAAAAAAAAAA